UGCAGAUUUAGACACAUGGAAAUGCAGCAAAACUGCAGCAUUUCAUGCUUCUGGGAAACUCAGCCUCUUGGUUGUGUGAAGAUCAGUUGUGUGUUUUAUCAUAGCAAACCCCGUAAUAUCAAUGGACUUUUUUUGCCACCAAGUAGCAAUGUCACACUACAAAAAGAAACCCAGGAAGGAAUUCUGCCCCCUACCCAGAGUCAAGAACCUCUGAAACCUCAAGAGAAUAUAUCAAGACCCAUUCAUCCUCCACUGGUCAUAACUAUUAACUUUGAGGAAGAGGAAGAGGAGGAAGAGGAAGAGGAAGACGACAAGGAGAACAAUGCUUCUAGUUUGUGGACAAAGACUCCAGAGGAAAUCGAAGAAGAAAGGGCGAUAAAGGAAAUGUGCUAUAAGUCUGGUGAAUACUACAGAUUUCACACUCCUCCAGACAUUUCAGCAAAAAGCAUAACUUCAACAGUGGAAAAAGAGUUAGCAAAACCCUUGGAAAAUGGCAAUGAAUUGCAAGAAGGGGAUGGUCUUACAGUUCCAACAAAAUUCAAUAUAUUUGAAAGACAAGGUGAGAUAAAAGCAUCAUUGGAUGGGAAACCAAGAACCGACCUUGCUGCUUUUGAAAAUGGAGGGGGUGACUGUUAUGUACCGCAAAGGAUCAUAUUCCUUGGAGUGGAUGAGAGUGAGACUUUAACUGAAGAGAAUGAAUUCAUCAUGUCAAAAGGUUCAAACAAUAGUAAAGACAUCAAGGACAGUCCUCAUCCAAAGCGUUCUGUAACUACAAGACCAGUACCUACCACACAUGUCUUAAAUGCUACUGAGAAUAUCAACACAAAGUGCAGAGAGGAUCCCUCUUCAAUGAAUGAUGCUCAGUCAGCGAGGAAACCUAACUUUAAAGGGGUGAAAAAAAAGAAAUGGAUAUAUGAGGAACCAAAGAAUCCCCCAGGCACAGGGACAAGGAAAGCAACACAGGCUCCAAACCCCAAAAAUAAAAUGAGCUACCAACGAAAUGAUAAAAACAGGAACGCGGAGAAUGCAUCCUAUGUUCAUGUUCAGAGAGAUACUGUAAGAAGUGUUUCAUUGAACUCACCAGCACGUGGCAGGUCAGCAAAUGGGACUUAUAACAAAGUCAAUGUUAACAAGGAACCCAAACUCAACCUCUGUCCAGACAAAUAUACGUCAACAUCAUAUAAUGCUUCAACAUGGAGAAAAAGAAUUCCUUUUUCAAAAACAUACUCAAAAACUGAAAAGAUAUAUUCAGAGCCAAGAAGAAAUGGAAGCAAGUAA